AUGUGCAGCUUCUGCAUUGAUAUGGACUGUGCUAAACUCUUGCCCACCCUAAAACUUGCCUGCCACCCUCACCGUCUCGCUUACUUCAGAGGUACUUCUGAGUUGGAUUGCCGUACCUGUGGCAAGCAUUGCGGUGGUGGUGAUUGUAUUUGUCGUUGUGUGCAAUGCGAUAUUAGUUUCCAUCUAAAAUGUGUUGUACCAUCCAAAGCUACAUCAAAGUAUCAUAGGCAUCCACUUAUUCUAACCGAAUCGGUCAAAGAAUAUGAUUCUGAUGAAUUUUGUUGCGAUGAUUGUGAGAACGAAAAGGAUCCGAAGCAUCCUGUGUAUUACUGUCAAAGUUGCAUAUUUGUGGCUCAUAUUCCAUGUGUACUCCCUGAUGUUGAUGAGGAUCAAAUUACAUCCUCCAUGGAAAGCGAGGAAGCUUUGUCUGAGAAGGAAAUGGAGCAGAAUGAAGGGAGUAAUGGCAUCCACGCUCUGUGUAAUUUCAAGCUUGGUGUGAAAUGCUCUGCUCUAACUGCUCAUGAACUUGGGGUUUCUCAAGAAAAAAGGAUGGAUAGAGUAACCGAGUUGCACCAUUUCAGCCACCAACAUAAGCUUGUCCUUGGCUACUCUAAUGACCCUAUAGAAGAAACAAGAUGCAAAAUUUGUGAAUCUUCAAUCUUUGGCCCAGCCUAUUUUUGCCCCGAGUCUUGCCUUAGGCUACCACAAAAGAUUCAAGUCCCAUUUCAUCUAAAACACAUGUUGGUUUUUCAACAACCAGAGGAACGUUCAAACCCACAAUGUUAUGCCUGCCCUUUGAGCAUAGAAAAAGAAAACUUCGCAUAUAGUUGUGAAGAUUGUCAACUUGACCUCCAUCCUAUAUGUGCUAAUUACUUAAAGAGACCCUUGAAAUGCGAGUCCCACUUAGAUGACCUUUAUUAUUUCGGGAAAGAUUAUCAGUUACUCCGUGCAAAAGACAACUAUAUACCAUGGGAAACACAUUUUGCUUGUCAUAAAUGUGAAAAUACCUGCAAAGAAGAGCCCUUUUAUCGUUGUCUACAGUGUUCCAUUAACUUUCAUUUGAAAUGUGUUCCCAUACCAGAGGUUGUUCAAUCCAAAUAUCAUCGUCAUCCUCUAACCCUGACCGAUUCUUUUGUUGAAGAUGAUUCUGGAUUGUAUUAUUGUGAUUUUAGCGAGAAAGAGAGAAACCCAAAAGAUCAUGUAUACUAUUGUAAAGAAGUAACGGACGGAUAA